AUGCUGGCGGGCGGGGCUGGUCGGUUUGCUUCGACGUUACCCUUGACCGAGAGGGGAGGAGGAGAUCCCGUCUUGAUCGCUAUUAACUGUCGACCGUUUUGUCUUUCAGUUUUCCUCCUUCGUGCUGUGGUUCUCGCCCAUUCAUUGCGGGACAAUGGCACGAAGGCCAAGCUCGUCGCUCUGUACACGCCUGACACCUUGCAGUAUGCCACUAUCAAGGAGCUUCAGACGGUAUACGACGAGAUCAUACCCGUACAAACAGCAACGAAUCGCACUCCAGCAAAUCUAUGGCUGAUGGAUCGUCCGGAUCUGAUCGCAACAUUCACCAAGAUUGAACUCUGGCGACAGACGCAAUUCAGGAAGAUAGUAUACAUUGACUGUGAUGUUGUGGCUGUACGGGCUCCGGAUGAACUCUUAACAUUGGAGGAAGAUUUCGCGGCCGCACCUGAUGUUGGCUGGCCGGAUAUUUUCAAUAGCGGUGUCAUGGUCCUUCGACCCAACUUGCAAGAUUACUAUGCGCUUAAGGCGCUCGCUGAGAGGGGCAUUAGCUUUGACGGCGCGGACCAGGGGCUGCUGAACAUGCAUUUUCGAAAUUGGCAUAGGCUGAGCUUCACGUAUAACUGCACCCCCAGCGCCAACUACCAGUACAUUCCUGCCUAUAAGCAUUUCCAGAGCACCAUUAGCCUGAUUCACUUCAUUGGGGCUCAGAAACCCUGGAACUUGCCUAGACAAGUGUUACCCGUGGAUUCACCAUAUAAUCAGUUGCUGGGAAGGUGGUGGGCUAUUUAUGAUAGGCAUUAUCGCCCUGUUGUAACGGUCUCAGAAACACAGCAUGAUCAACACCUGGCUAGCUCUUCUGAGGAAGCGUUAGGAACGCUUUACGAAACUUCAUUCAAAUCUGAGUCGCCAUCCCUACAACCACAUACAGUACGUAGUCAUAGCCAUGCCCAGGUCGAACAGGCUCCUCACGAGGAAGUCUUCUAUGACCAGGGCAGUACUCCUCAUGGGUUGGAGGUGUCGCACGCGGAUCACGCGCAAGCAGUACCAGAGGAACACCAUCCGAUUCAGAGUGAAGCAGCACUUGUCAGAAGUGCUGUCCCACAGUAUGUUCGUGGGGAAGAACACGUAUCCGCCUAUGUGCUCCCGCAUUCUAGCCAACCAGCAUUCACGAUACAGAGUGAACAGCCUACUUGCCAGGCUGCCAGCGCUCCCUCCCCUCCGUCGGAACCUUCGGCUGCGAAUGAGAUCUAUCAAGCACAUCUAAAGCCAGAACCUGUCAUCGAGAACCAACAGCAACCUCCGGCACCGUCAGUCCCGCCAGACAAGGCAGAAACUUUUGAAGCACCCAAGGCCGAAUGGGAUGCAGUUCGGGAACCGCCUCCUUUGAACAGCAAACCGGAAGGGUUUGCAUUGGCUGAAAGGACUUAUACCAUGUCGGAUGAUCAACGACUCUUUCAACCGCCGGCAUCUUAUCCCGAGGCUCCAAAGAACAUGUGGUACCAGGUCCCCGAGACAAAACCGGAGCCAGAAAAAAUUACGCAAAUAUUUCCUUGGGAAAGUCGUGCACCCAAGCCCACGCGCGUUUUUCUGGAGGACCAGCCGAGUACAGUCUCCACGGAGUCAGCAUUGGCAUCCACCAGAGAAGAAUCCAGAUCUUCCAUAGGGUCAAGGACCUCGUGUACAGCUGAAGGGCCUUCUACCGCUACAUGGGAGACAUAUUCCCGUUCAAAUGCAUGGGACGAAGUGCCAGAAAUAAAUAAGUACAUCCAAUCCAUUCAACAUGGCAGAAAAGCCAAAGUGCAAGUGAUCUCCGGGGGUCCCAGCCCCGGAACCGAGCCAUCCAGCUGGAAAACAAUCGACCAUGGGCCCAUGGGCAUGCGAGUCACGGAUUUCCCAACAGAGGUAGAACGCCCCAGCCUUCCCGUGACGCCAGCGCCCAUCAGGCGAUCCUUCGCGCAAGCCUCGGGGGACGAAGCUGCCGAUGAACAGUUGCCGAUCGCUGAAGGCGUACCAAAACAGGAGGACUGGGUGGGUCUCACGGUUGAUGCGUUUUUGCACCUCCUUCGAGCGACAUACUUAUAUUGGAAGUUUACAGAAUCCGUUGGCACGCCUCGAAGAGCUUCGCCGGCGCCAGUCCGAAAUCUUGGAAAAGGCCGAUUUAUUACUUAG